AUGCUGUCCCUGUCGCUGAACCAGUGGCCCUGCUACCCACUGUGCUACCCCCACUGUGCUACCCCCACUGUGCUACCACACUGUGCUACCCCACUGUGCUACCCCACCUACUGUGCUACCACCCACUGUGCUACCCCCACUGUGCUACCCCCCAUGUGCUACCCCACUGUGCUACACCACUGUGCUACCCACCACUGUGGCUACCACACUGUGCUACCCCACUGUGCUACCCCCACUGUGCUACCAAACACUGUUCUACCACCACUGUGCUACCCAUACUGUGCUACCCCCACUGUGCUACCCCACUGUUCUACCACCACUGUGCUACCACCCUGUGCUACCCCCACUGUGCUACCAACACUGUGCUACCCCCACUGUGCUACCAACACUGUUCUACCACACUGUGCUACCCCACUGUGCUACCCCCACUGUUAUACCACACUGUGCUACCCCCACUGUGCUACCAACACUGUGCUACCCCACUGUGCUACCCCCACUGUGCUACCAACACUGUGCUACCCCCACUGUGCUACCACCACUGUUCUACCACCACUGUGCUACCCCCUGUGCUACCCCCACUGUUCUACCACCACUGUUCUACCACACAUGUGCUACCAACACUGUUUCUACCACCACUGUGCUACCCCCACUGUUCUACACCCACUGUGCUACCCCCACUGUUCUACCCACACUGUGCUACCCCACUGUGCUACCAACACUGUUCUACAACCACUGAUCUACCACCACUGUGCUACCCACUGUUCUACCACCACUGUGCUACCACCACUGUGA